AUGGAGCCUUACCGGAGCUUGGAGGAGCUAGGGCAGCACGACGGCGGCCGGACGGCGGGAGCUCCGGCGGCAGGAGGGUUUAGGCGAUGCAGGGAGGCCAAGGGAUGCAUCAGCCGGCGUCGGGAGGCGGCGGCGACGGCAGGCAUUGAUGCCCUAGUCACCCAACCCGAGGGAGGCAUCUGCCUAUUUCGGCUGACAGGAAGUUCCGGCGGCGGGGGCGCCGGCGGUGGACGAGUGCGGCCGGCCAGGCGGAGCCGGUGCUCGCGCCGGACGGUGGCGGAAGGCAGCGGCGGCGAUGCUGGACCAAACCGAGCCCACACGGGUUCACCACGGGCUCCAAAGGUAGCCGCGACCAAGGCGGCGACCGGAGGGAGGUCGGGGCGACGGCGGCAUGUCGCCGGAGGUCGAGGAAGGUCGGCGCACCAUGUGUCGGGUGGCGGCGACGCGCGGUGGUCGAGAAGACCAAGUCUCGGCCGUUCAAGGUUGGGCGGCCGCAGAAAGGGAGAGCGGCGGCCGGCGGUGUCGGGAGCGGCGGCGAUGGCGCGCGGGGGCACGCCGGAGGUCACCGGAGGGCGGCGCGACCGAUGGGGAACGGCGGUGGCGCGCGGAGGCAGGGAUCACCCAGGCUCGACCUGGGUGACUGCUGCUGGCCGCAGGGAGUUCGGGCAGCUCCGGCGUGGCACGGGGACGGCGGAGGCCGGCGGGGACCGCGCCGGGAAAGGGGUCUAG